GCUAUCCAAGCCCUAUUGUGGCAGUGUAGGCGGGGUGCCCAUUUUACAAGGAAGUUGUUUUGAUGUGUAUUUGAAGCACUUAGAACCAACGCUGACGUAAAGUAGGCUACUUACUGAACGUGUGUGGCAAGUUCCAAGGAUUCCAUGCGCACUGAGCCACUACCCGUCUAACAGGUGCUGUGCGUCUAGCCGUGUCAAAAGCCCGGACACCGCUCUCAUAUGGGGGACUGUCUACGCAAAACCUGCCCCUGUCUGGAGACGCUAUGGGUCAGGCUGUUUGGCGACAAGAAGAACACCGAAUGUAGUCACACAGUGGAGGGGAUCUCGAACGAUGUCGCCGAGGACGAGUGUGUAGAGAUCUCGGAUAAUGGCAGGCGGUCAUUCACGAGGAACCCGAGGAACUCGAUGCGUCGGGAUGCGCCCCAGCCCACGGAAAGCGCGAUCUACAUGGCUUUGUGGAGAUUUGAGGCACGAGAAAAAGAUGAGUUGUCGUUCCAAGAGGGAGAUCUGUUCAACGUCAUCAGUCGAUCCGGAGACUGGUGGACUGCGCGUAAAAUAGACAGGAAUGGGCGCGUUUUGGCGAAGGGGAUUGUGCCAAAUAACUACCUGGCAAGGGGAGAGUCUGUCAACGCACAGCCAUGGUACUUUGGGAAGAUGAACCGGUUUGAAGCCCUGAGCCAAAUUCUUUCUCCAGAGAAUGGAGAGGGUGCCUUCCUUAUCCGUGUCAGUGAGAAAGGCCAGGUGGGCUACGUCCUCUCAGUCAAAGUCGGCAACCAAGCCAAGCACUUCAAGAUCUGUGAGCAGGAUGGUCAGUACUGGCUGGAACAGACCCAUCCCUUCAACACCCUGAUAGACCUGGUGGAGUAUUACACCACACACACACUGGGAUCUGUGUCCCGCCUGGGGGAGGCCUGUACCAGGAAAGAGCCAGUGCCCCAGGACCUGUCUCACUCCACAGUGGAUGAGUGGGAGCUCCCCAAGGAAGAGUUCACCCUGGGAGAGCAGCUGGGCACCGGGUUCUUUGCUGAUGUCCACCGGGGGAAGUGGAAGAACAGCAUCAGCGUAGCCAUAAAGAUUCUCAAGAACGAUUCGUUGAACGACCAUGAGUUCCAGCGUGAGGUGCAGAUCCUAAAGAAGCUGAGACACAGACACCUGAUCUCCCUGUUCGCCGUCUGCACCUCCUCAUCUCCCUACUACAUCAUCACUGAACUCAUGGAGAAGGGAAACCUGUUGAACUUCCUCAGAGGUUCAGAGGGUUCUCAGCUGGACCUGGUGUCUCUGGCGGACAUGGCAGCCCAGGUGGCUGAUGGGAUGGCGUAUCUGGAGGAGCAGAACAGUAUCCAUAGAGACCUGGCGGCCCGAAACGUCCUGGUGGGAGAGAACUACAUCUGCAAGGUGGCCGACUUCGGACUGGCCAGGAUCAUCAAGGAGCCCUUCUACGUGUCUGAGGACAAAAAAAUCCCCUACAAAUGGAGUUCCCCGGAGGCCAUCAGCCACGGACGUUUCUCCAACAAGUCAGAUGUCUGGUCCUUUGGGAUUCUGUUCUACGAGAUGCUAACCUACGGUGGGAUUCCAUACCCAGGCUACAACAACAACGAGGUAUACCGUCAGAUCAUCGCUGGCUACAGGAUGCCAGCCCCAGAGAAAUGUCCGAACUUACUCUACAAACUCAUGUUGGCCUGUUGGAGUGACAACCCUGCAGACAGACCGGACUUCAAGGAGCUCAGGCGCAAAUUGGAGAACAUCAACCGCUAUGAGCUGGAGCAAUGAGCCUGAACCAUAGAAAUGGACAGUCAUCAGUGUUUAGAAAUAACCCAGUUUUUUUUUUUGCAUGGACAUUGCCAUUGACUUCCACCAUUUUUAAGUAGUCAACUGGGUGGGACAUCCUAUGGGUUAAGGACAGUGGAGGCUUCUGAGGAGAAGGGGAGGACGGUUCAUAAUAAUGUCUGGAACAGAGCAAAUGGAACGCCAUCAAACCAUGUGUUUGAUACCAUUGAUACCAUUUGGGGCGGCAGCGUAGCCUAGUGGUUAGAGCGUUGGACUAGUAACCGGAAGGUUGCGAGUUCAAACCCCUGAGCUGACAAGGGGUUUGUCAGCUCAAACCCCUGAGAACGACAAAUCGGUCGUUCUGCCCCUGAACAAGGCAGUUAACCCACUGUUCCCAGGCCGUCAUUGAAAAUAAGAAUGUGUUCUUAACUGACUUGCCUGGUUAAAUAAAGGUUCUAGGAUGAGUGUUCUAGAAUGCCUGGUUAAAUAAAGGUUCUAGGAUGAGUGUUCUAGAAUGCCUGGUUAAAUAAAGGUAAAAAUAAAGGUUAAAAAAAUUCCACUGAUUCCACUCCAGCCAUUACCACGAGCCCGUCCUCCCCAAUUAAGGCGCCACCAACCCCCUGUGGUUAAGGAUCACAUGAUUCCACUCAGGUCAUCAGGAAGGAUCAGACAAUGAAUUAUACUUGAGAGAAAACUUUCUAUAAACUGCAGGUGGCAGCAAAUCACCAACUUUGGCUUUUCUGUCAUUGGUUAAGUCAGGAAAAGCUUCUCCCUGGCAUGGAACACUUUGUUUCGAUUGUAAUAAAUGUACACUAAAGGACAAUAUCUCUGACUUUCAAAUCAUUAUUUUACUUGUCAACUUUUUUUUCUUCUUCAUUUGUAACAUACCUGUAACCUGUAUCGUACCUGUAUCGUACCUGUAACAUACCUGUAUCGUACCUGUAACGUACCUGUAUCGUACCUGUAACGUACCUGUAACAUACCUGUAUCGUACCUGUAACAUACCUGUAUCAUACCUGUAACGUACCUGUAACGUACCUGUAACGUACUUGUAUCAUACCUGUAAUCGUACCUGUAUCGUACCUGUAACGUACCUGUAUCGUACCUGUAACGUACCUGUAACAUACCUGUAUCGUACCUGUAACGUACCUGUAUCGUACCUGUAACAUACCUGUAUCGUACCUGUAACGUACCUGUAUCGUACCUGUAUCGUACCUGUAACAUACCUGUAUCGUACCUGUAACGUACCUGUAUCAUACCUGUAACGUACCUGUAACGUACCUGUAACGUACUUGUAUCAUACCUGUAACGUACCUGUAUCGUACCUGUAUCGUACCUGUAACGUACCUGUAUCGUACCUGUAACGUACCUGUAACGUACCUGUAUUGUACCUGUAUCGACCUGUAACGUACCUGUAUCGUACCUGUAUCGUACCUGUAUCCUUAUCUUGUUUCAGCUUGUACAUUAAGUCUACAUGUGCUGCUGUUUAUCUACUAUUCAUAAUAAUGUUCGCUAAUACUACAAAUACAGGUGUCUCCUCAGGGUUAUAAAUUCA